UCAUAGUAUUAUAAAAUAAUUUUUAUUAAAACAAAACUUGUGGAGGCUAUUCAAGUGUUAUCAGAAUUUAAUUAUUUGUUCUUGGAUAUCAACCAUUAUGGAUUUCUCUUUGGUUUCAUAUGAUGAAACUGAAUUCAAAAAUCGACUCAAAAAAUUAUAUCCAACUGUGAAUGCAAGUGAAACGCCAUUUCCAACAAAAUGGAGCUCAAGAGAUAAGUUUUCUCUAAUUAAACUCUCACAAGAUGAUCUAGAAGUACAUUACAAAGGACAAGGGAAAACACACAGAGAUGCGGCAUCAGUUCGAUCAGAUCAUCCUAUACCUGCUUCUUGUGGAAUUUAUUAUUUUGAAGCUAAAAUUGUGAAUAAAGGACGAGAUGGAUAUAUGGGUAUUGGAUUGUCUGCUCAGGGUGUUAAUCUGAAUCGUCUACCAGGAUGGGACAAGCAAUCUUAUGGUUACCAUGGAGAUGAUGGACAUUCAUUUUGUUCAUCUGGUACUGGUCAUCCAUAUGGUCCCACAUUUACAACUGGUGAUGUUGUUGGUUGCUGCGUUAAUUUAGUUGAGAAUUCCUGUUUUUACACUAAAAAUGGUGUCAACAUCGGAAUUGCUUUUAAAGAUUUGCCGAAUAUUCCGCUCUACCCCAUGGUUGGUCUACAAACUCCCGGUGAAGAAGUCUGCGCUAACUUCGGACAACACCCUUUCAUAUUUGAUAUAGAAGAUUAUACUGAAUAUUGGCGAAUAAAAACUCGUUUAUCUAUUGAAAGAUUAGAAGUUCCAGAUGACACUGGUCAGUUUCAAACAACCUUACACAAACUUGUAUCUACCUACCUCAUCCAUCAUGGAUAUGCAGCUACUGCAGAAGCUUUUGGUCAAAGUGUUAAUCUAGGAUGGGGAGAAUAUAAUGAGGAUCUCACGUCAAUAAGAAAUAGACAAAAAAUUCAAAAGCUAGUUUUAGCUGGACACAUGGCUGAAGCAAUUGAGGUGACUCAUCAAUUAUUUCCUGGUCUAUUGGAAAAGAAUCUGAAUCUUUUAUUUAUGUUGAAAGUACGUCAAUUCAUCGAAAUGCUCAACGAAACAGAAUGUGAAGUGAGAAGUAUGAGUCGACACAGUAGUCUAUCUGGUGGAAAAUCAAGUCCUGCAAUGAGUCCCAAACCUUCUUGGCACAGGAGUUCUUCAAAUAGCCCUACAUCAAGUCACAAUGGAGUUUCUCAACCUACAGACAGACAGUCAUCACAUAUUGCAGACCACCAUCCACACAUACCUCACAAAAUGCACCCCCCUCCCACUCAACCACACGGAGAUAGUGACAGGAAUAAUACUGUGGCAACCAAUUCUAGUCUUUCUCAAAAUACAACUAGUUUUUCGAUGCCCAAGUCAUCAAAUAGUAAUGACAGCAGUAUUGACAGUGAUAGUGAUAUGGAUACAGAUAUUGAAGAUCAAACUCUGUUAGCAAUUAGUAAUGGAUCAACAAAUAUAUCCAAUCAAGAUCUACCACAUGCAGUCAAUGGUGACGCUCGACUUAUAAAUGGUGUUUCUUCAUCUCGUGAGGAUUUACAUGCUUCAAAAACAGAAAACGGUGCAAUGGACACGAGUGAAGGAGGUUACCACAGAAAAUUAUGCGGUGGAAAUUCGGCUGCUAUACUUCAAAUGUUGUCAUUUGGUAAGCAACUUCUGCAACUCUCCAGUGAUAUUAAAAAAGAACAUGGACCAAGUAUAAAAAAUAAAAGAAUGCUAGAGGAUGCUUACAGUCUACUGGCGUAUUCUGAUCCCUGGAACAGCCCGGUUGGUCAUCAGUUGGAUCCAAUACAACGAGAACCUGUUUGUGCAGCACUUAACAGCGCCAUAUUAGAGUCUCAAAAUUUGCCAAAGACUCCACCAUUGCUCAUGGCCAUAUCACACGCACAACAAUGUAUAAAGAGAAUGUCACAGAGUCAAAUAGGAACUUGUGCUUUUGCUUCUGUCUCCGACUAUCUUCGAUGACGAUAAACUAAGUAAUGUGACUGCAACUGGGGAACAAUUUUGUAGCAAUUGAAAAAGUCUGCUUUGUACCAUUUUUCAUACAGUAAAUGUGACUUCAAGAGGUAGAAAAUAAUGAAAUAUUCAGACGAUUCAAAUCUUUUUGAGUGUAAUUGAUUUGAGUCCUUAUUGAGUGUAGUUGCUAUUUUCCCCACAGAGAAUUGUGGAGCAUUUGUAUGGCAUAUGGUUUCCUUCGAACAUUCAUAUGUCUCUUUUUCUUUAUAGAUGGUAAAGAUAUGGAUGGUUAUUUUUGUCAUUUUCAAUAUUUUUACGACUUCGCUCAUCUGUGAAAUUUUGGGUGAAUCUUACCCUCUUGAUUAAUAAAUAAUUUAUGCCAACCUA